AUGAUCGAAAACCGGUCAAAUACAUCUCUUGUAUUGUCACAACCCACCGCUACCAUCGCAGUCACCACCGCCACCGCAGUCACCACCACCACCAUCGCAGUCACCACCACCGCUACCAUCUUCUAUCACACGCACCACCGCAGUCACCACACCACCAUCGCAGUCAACGCACCACCGCACCAUUCUUCUUCAACCACCACCACGCAGUCACCAACCACUACCAUCGCAGUACCACCACCGCUACCAUCUUCUUCACCAACCACGCACCGCAGUCACCACCACCAUGCGCACCAUCCCUUCACCACCAUUUAUCUAACGGCCAUCUCCUCAUCAACCCACGGCCUCCCCAGUAGCACGAGCCAGGUCAUAGCGGGUUAUCUUGGCCUUAUGGCAUUCGUCAAAAGGAAACAGAUUGAGUUCUCACGUAAUGAAGGAUUGUUAGUACAGAAGACACAUCCUUCUUCUCUUAUGAAAGCCGAUAGUCCCUUGCUUACCCUCGGCAACUCCACCUCUGUGUCCUCCGAUCCCGAAUCUUUUAUCACACCUGCGGAGUGCUUGGUCAACCAAACUUCGAAUUUAUAA